CUCUGAUGGGAGGGAGUUGACACGUUUACCCAAUUAGGUCACGUGCACAGUGCACUUACCGCCCCUCCUACAGUCGGAAUUAUGGCGUUACGGGAGCUAUCAUCGCUGGAGAAAUAUUUAGGAAUUAAAAAACCGAACAAGUACAGUACUCAGGGGGAUAACAAGGUACCUGUGUUACAGAAUAAUAAUGGUCCUCCACUGGUUGGGCUGGUAACAAUCGCCUGUCACCUGGUGAAAGAGGCCAAGCGCCCAGAGCUGUUGGGUGACUCUGGAGAGAGCAGGGCUGUGGUGCAGCAGUGGCUGGAGUACAGAGUUACCAAGCUGAGCGGCUGCACAAAUUACGACAUCAGGACCAUCCUGAAGAGGGAAGUUGGCCUGAGCAGCUCAGCUCUCGUGCCCUUUGGGCCCCUGCCCUGUCCUUCUGCUUCAGCUCCAUCCUUAAUGCUCUUCUUUCAAGCAACCCAGUCAUCUCCUAUUAAAUUAUCCAGAGAUAAAAACUGUCAACUUCAUGGAUUCUCAAAAUUUCUUACCCCAGGAUGGAAAUAAAUCACUCAUGUCAUUCAUGUAAUGUGACACUUUGGCCCUGAACCCAAAGUUAGCUGUAUGGUGCGGGGUAAGGGACAAAUUUAAGACUACUGAGAAGUGGGUGGAGGCUAUAUCCUUUCCAAAGCAGCCACUAAUCUGGCCAUUCAUAAAGCAGCGCCAGUAACUGAGGGGCCAGUGGUGGUAAAUGAGAGGCUGGCAGUAUCUCUUCCUUAUCUCUCUCCAGCUUUAGCUACCUUCUCACCGAGCUAGGCUAUUCUAGGCUAGGCUCGACGACCUUGGUAACUCACAUUCCUACCUCAGUAACCUACUUCAUAUGUAACUGACUCGGAUGGUAAUUAACAUUCCUUGACGGAUAACUCCCAUUGCUACCUCGUCAACCCCAUGGAUAUGUAGCUGACUUUGCUGGUCAUUAGCAAUGCUAGGCUGGCCACUAGCAUUCCUAGGCUGACCACUAGCAUCCCUAGGUUAACCAGUAGCAUUCCUAGGCUAGCCACUAGCAUACCUAAGAUAGCUCAAAUAAGGAUGUGGAAAUGUGGCUCGAGAUUUUCACAGUUAAAGCUCUGUUGUAUCUGGUCUCACUGAACACUAAUAAAUGAAAGAAGUUUGA